CACGCUUCACAAUGGUUUUCGUUACUGUAUGAUAACAUUCGUCACAUUCGCGAGAAUUGCCAGAAUGCUAAAUCAUUUAUACUCUGGCAGCAGAUCGGUCCUGACAAACAUUUUGUAAAAAUAUCUAUAGGAGUCAAUAUGGAAAAAGAUACGAUUCGUCCAAUAUCGGAUGCGCUUCGCAAGAAAGCCUCAGAAGAGUUGAAUGAAAAUAAUAAGUACACUGCCGGAGAGCUGGAGGCCCUUCGCACCUGGAUAAAGCAAUCAGAACACAUUCGUGGCAGAACCGAUCAGCAAUUUUUAAUAAGUUUUCUGCGGGUUUGCAAACAUAGCCUACAACGAGUUAAGGAAAAGAUGGACAUCUAUUAUUCUAUUCGUUCAGUAAUGCCAGAGGUGAUGGCCAACAGGGAUCCGCUAGAUCCGCUCAUACGGAAGGUGAUUAAAAUGGGCGUGUCAGUACCCCUACCUAGAACCGUGCAUCCGGAUGACCCUAAGGUAAUGCUAAUUCGGGGAAAUGCUUUCGAGGGAGACGUGUGUGACUUUUCCGAUGUCCAGAAAGUGUUCACAAUGAUUGGUGAUAUUCAGUUCCGUGAUGACGAUCAGCUGGUCAUCUGUGGUGAAACAGCAAUCAUCGACAUGGGAAAUUCAUCCAGCGGUUAUUUCUUCAACUUCAACUUAUCUUUCCUGAAAAAGGCCGCUAUUCUGAACCAACAAGGACGCCCGCUAAGACAGAAGGGGUUCCACUUCAUUAACACACCAAAAGGAUUCGAAGUUGUGAUUAAUGUUUUUAAAAGUCUGAUGACUGAGAAAAACCGCGAUAAAACGAUAAUAUUUCAUGGAUCUAGUUUACAAUCGCUACACAAGUACUUUCCAAAAUCAAUUCUACCCACGGAAUAUGGCGGAGACUUAGGGCCAGUGCAACAGUUUGUGGAUGAUUGGGAGCAAAGGCUGAUUGACAACCGGGAUUAUUUGAUCCAUGAUCAGAGUCUGGGAGUAGAUGAGAGUAAACGGAAAUCGACAAAUCCAGUAUCGGAAGAGACAUAUUUGUUUGGAACGGAAGGUUCAUUCCGAAAGUUGGAGAUUGAUUGAUUAAAUGAGAGUUUCGACAGAUAAUACUGAUAGGCAUUCAAUCAAACUAUAUGAAAUUCAUCACUCGUUAAAAAAAAUAACUUGACUUACACCACGAAGCAUAUGAAAAAUAAUAGCAGUCACCUUCAAGAAGUUUGCUGAAUUCUGAAUACCUGUUUUAAGUUAUUAUGCUGUGUGGGAGCUCAACGAAUUAGAUAAUCUAAUUCAUCUUGUAGGUUUGUUAUGGAUCAACCACUCCGACCAGUUAGUCAUAACAAAAUUUUAUUACAAUUAUAUCAAUAUGUGUUACAAAUAACAAUACUUGCAAUAAUUUUGUGUCAAAUAUAGAGGAAAGAAAAUUUCA